ACAAACGCACAAAACAUCGACUGUGUGAAACCUACUCUGUACAAGAAAAAUAAAACAGAAGAAUUAUUUCAAUUAUCGAAAGUUUUCAGUGGUAUAAGUAACAGUUAACGUGAAAAUACUUUUGUUACACUUUGUUCUCGUACAUAAUACAUACAUAUUUCUCUCCCGAUUUUAUCGAUAAAGAAAUGACACGAAAUAUGAACGUACGACAUUAUCAAAGAUAUAUCUCCUUAUCGAGACAAUUAACAGACAGUGCGGCUGAUAAGAACAAUGGUGGAAGCAUCGAUAGAAAUAAGUUACUUAAUCAUAUAAAUGUUUUAUGGAAAACAAAAAUGUCUAUGCAAAAUUAUUCGAAACUUUUAGCACAGCUAAAAGAUUACUUGAAUAAACUUGGUUACGAUAAGAAUUUACAGACUAAUUUGUCUAAAGAUUGGAUGGAUACUCUGCAAAGAAUAACGUAUACACGAAUAAAUAAGUUGAAAAAGCAAUUGUUCGUUCAAGUUCCGAAAAGUACAAACGAUAGCAAAACAACAAACGUGGAAAAGUAUUCCUACACUGAGACUACCCAUCAGAAAAUAUUAACAGAGUCUCGGGAAAAAGAUCUAGGAACAAACGAUGUGGCUAAAUGUCGAAAAGUAUAUCACCAAGCCCGAGAAGAUACUGCGAAUGGACAAAAAGUGGAUAUCAAAGAACAGUCAUAUACCUUUUCGCAGAUGUUUGCUACUUUGAUAUUUAAGUUAACCAGUCGAACCAGAACAGCAGGCACUUUGGUAAUGCCACCAAAGUGGAAAGUAAAUGCUCAUAAAAACAUAUCGAAGCACAGCAUUGCGUCUAGAACACGCCAUGUUUUAAACAGUAUUAUAACUGCUGAAUCAACCGCUUCAAGGUGGAGGAGAAUAGAAGAUCUUUUGACUCACGUUGAUCAAUAUCCGGAAGCUAGGCAUUAUGCGAUCAAAGAGGGAGCGAUCAGAGUGUUGCUCGAAAGUCGCUUAAAAACUAAGGAUGACCAGAUAAAAGCAUCUAUCAGAGAAGCACUGGCGGUAUUGGGCUAUACUGAUCCUUUACGUGGUCGUGGAAUUAGAAUUCUUUCUAUAGACGGUGGCGGUAUGCGCGGUGUGUUGGUCAUAGAAAUGUUGAAGAAACUUGAAGAAUUGACGGGAAAAAAGACGCAUGAAAUGUUCGAUUACAUAUGCGGUGUGAGUACAGGUGCUAUACUAGCAGCUGCUUUAGGUGGCCAUAAGAGGAAAUCAUUGAUUGAAAUAUCAGAAUUGUACAAGGAAUUAAGUAUUAAAGUGUUCACCCAAAGCGCUAUAAAAGGUACAAGUAAUUUAGUAUGGAGUCACGCGUACUAUGACACAGCGCUCUGGGAGAAGCUAUUGCAAGAGCAUUUGGGAGAUAAAAUUCUGAUAAAAACUGUUCGUGAUCCGAAUGCUCCGAAGUUUUCAGCUGUAUCCGCAGUUGUAAAUCAUGAUCGUGUUAUGGCAUAUGUAUUUCGAAAUUAUACUUUGCCCCACAGAGUAGAAAGUCAGUACAUAGGAAGUCACAAACAUAAAUUAUGGGAAGCAGUAAGAGCUUCCGCGGCAGCUCCCAGUUACUUCGAAGAAUUUAAAUACGGUGAAUUUCUUCAUCAGGAUGGAGGUAUACUGGUAAAUAAUCCAUGUGCGGUCGCCUUACACGAAGCCAAACAAUUAUGGCCAAAUAAUCCGAUCCAGUGUGUAAUUUCGUUCGGAACUGGAAGAACGCCGAAUCGAAUUUGCGAAAACAACAAUGCAUCUAUGGAAAUUGAAAUAUCAAGUUGGAGAGAAAAGUUUUACAAAAUUUUAGACAGUGCGACCGACACGGAAGCUGUACAUACGAUGUUAAACGAUCUUCUUCCCGAGCAUGUUUAUUACCGCUUUAACCCGUAUUUAACGGAAAUGCUCUCGAUGGUAGAGAUACGUCCUGAAAAGAUUAAUCAGUUGGAACAAGAUGCAAAAAUGUAUAUACGUAGAAAUGAGGACAAAUUUCGGAAAGCAGCUGAAGCUCUCUUGGAAAAAAGGCAAAUUCAACAGAAGAUUAUGGACUGGGUUGUGUUGCGGAAGCAAAUGUUAGGCUUAUGAAGCUAUCUCACGCGUGUGUAUACAAACGAAGUAACUUGCAUUCCAUAACUUACGAUUAAUCAUCAAAAGUUAUGAAAGCAUCAAAUACGAAUGAUGUUUACGGUAAUAGAAGAGCGCACCCCCUUUCUCAUUGGUAGCAGUAAUUGUAUAUUGAAAAACUUUAUACGUAUUCGUCUACUCCAUGUGUC